UAAAAAAUCCAUAUUUGAUCCGUAUGAGAUUAAUGAUGGGUUGGGUUUCAGUGUCAUCCUUAAUCAUCUUCCUCUACUUCCUACUUCAUUUUCCUUCCUACAAUUGUUUGUUGUGCAAUCCUCAUGACAAAUCUGCAUUGUUACAACUCAAAAACUCAUUUUUUGCUAUCCACUCUUCUCUCGUUUUUCCUUUCUAUGAUGAUCCUUGUUCCUCAUAUUCUUCAGAGACAGAAUCUUGGAAAAACAUAACAGAUUGUUGUGGGUGGGAUGGGAUCACGUGCGACACCAAGUCAGGCCAUGUGAUUGGUCUGCAUCUUUAUUGCAGUCAUCUUAGAGGUGAGUUACUAGGUCUUAAUAGUUCCAUUUUCAAGCUAAGGCAUCUUCAACAACUUAGCCUUACUUUUAAUGAUUUCUUUGGAUCUUCAAUACACUCUUCGAUCGGUAACCUUAUCAACCUCACACAUCUAACUUUAUCUCCCUUUAGAAUUAGUGGUGAUCUUCCUUCCACAAUCUCUCACUUAUCAAAAUUAGAACAUUUUCGUAUCAGUAGCAUGGACUCAUUACUUGAUGAUCCCAUCAAAAGUUACUCUAAAAUUAGAAUUGAUGAUUACACAUGGAACAGACUCAUUCACAACGCAACUAAUUUAAGAGAGAUUUAUUUAGAAAAAGUGAACAUGUCUUCUGUCGGAGAGAGCUCUUUGUCAUUGUUAACUAAUCUGUCAUCUUCUUUAGUUUCUCUCCAUCUCCCAAACACCCAAAUCCAAGGGAAAUUGCCCUCUAACAUCCUCCAUUUACCCAAUCUCCAAGAGAUAGAUUUGUCACAGAAUGAAAACCUCAGAGGUGAACUUCCAACGUCCAACUGGACUACUCCACUACGAGUUUUGUCUCUCUUUGAUACUGCUUUCUCAGGAUACAUUCCUGAUUCUAUUGCUCACUUGAAGUCUCUUAACUCACUAGGACUUUCGGAUUGCAAUUUUGAUGGAUUUCUUUCACCAUCAUUGUUUAAUCUUACUCAACUUUCUUACUUAGAUUUAUCAGAUAAUAAAUUAGUUGGCCCCAUUCCGACCCAAAUCACCAAACUCNUGCCCUCUAACAUCCUCCAUUUACCCAAUCUCCAAGAGAUAGAUUUGUCACAGAAUGAAAACCUCAGAGGUGAACUUCCAACGUCCAACUGGACUACUCCACUACGAGUUUUGUCUCUCUUUGAUACUGCUUUCUCAGGAUACAUUCCUGAUUCUAUUGCUCACUUGAAGUCUCUUAACUCACUAGGACUUUCGGAUUGCAAUUUUGAUGGAUUUCUUUCACCAUCAUUGUUUAAUCUUACUCAACUUUCUUACUUAGAUUUAUCAGAUAAUAAAUUAGUUGGCCCCAUUCCGACCCAAAUCACCAAACUCUCUCAAUUAUCGAUCCUAUAUUUGAGUGGUAACAUGUUAAACGGACAAAUUCCUCGUGGGUGUUAUUCUUUGCCUUCUUUGUUUGUCUUGGAUCUUAGUAGCAAUCAACUCACAGGGUCAAUUGGUGAGUUCUCAACAACUUCUUUAGAAUCUUUGUCUCUCUCUGAUAACAAACUGCAAGGUAAUUUUCCAAAUUCAAUAUUUCAACUCCAAAAUCUUAUUUUUUUGUAUUUGUCAUCAAAUGGUUUUAGUGGUGUCGUGGACUUUCAUCAAUUUUCAAAGCUUAAAACUCUCUUUUAUUUGGAUCUUUCUCACAAUAGUUUGCUCUCACUAAAAUUUGAAAAUAAUUUUGAUUGUAUCUUACCCAACCUUCAAUACUUAUAUUUAUCUUCAAGUAACGUAAGUAGUUUCCCAAAAUUCAUAGUACCAAACCUGGAAGCUUUAGAUCUUUCUCAUAACAGAAUUCGUGGAAGCAUUCCCAAAUGGUUUCAUGAGAACCUCUUGCGCUCUUGGAAGAACAUUAGUUACAUUGAUCUAAGUUUCAACAAGUUGCGAGGAGAUCUUCCGAUUCCACCUAAUGGCAUUGAAUUCUUUUCAGUCUCAAAUAAUGAGCUGAGUGGGGACAUUUCUUUAGCAAUGUGCAAUGCAAGCACCCUUUCUAUACUCAACUUGGCUCACAACAACUUGACAGGACUUGUUCCACAAUGCUGGGGAACAUUUCCUUCUCUUAGGGCGCUGGAUUUGCAAGACAACAACCUUUACGGAAGCAUACCUGAUAACUUUUCUAAAGGAAAUGCCUUUGAGACUCUAAAGUUGAAUGGAAAUCAGUUGAAGGGACCAUUACCACGAGCUUUGGCUCAUUGCACAAAACUCGAAGUUUUGGAUGUUGGAAAUAAUAACAUAGAGGAUACGUUCCCCUAUUGGUUAGAAACUUUGCCAAAUUUACAGGUACUCAGUUUACGGUCAAAUAAAUUCCAUGGUGUCAUCGCUUCUUUCGGCAUCAAACCUCCAUUUCCUAGUUUGAAGAUUUUUGAUAUAUCUGAUAACUAUUUUACCGGACCCUUGCCAGUGUCAUACAUCCACAACUUUCAAGGAAUGAUGAAUGCGAAUGACAAUCAAACCGGUUUGAAAUAUUUGGGUAAUGAUAGUGCAUAUAAUGAUUCGAUAGUGAUUGUGAUGAAAGGGCUAUACAUGGAACUCACGAGGAUACUGACUGUUUUCACAAGCAUUGAUUUAUCAAAUAAUAUGUUUGAAGGAGAAAUUCCAACAGUCAUUGGAGAGUUGCAUUCUCUGAAAGGGCUUAACCUUUCACACAAUAGAAUCACUGGUACCAUUCCACUAUCAUUGGGUAAUUUAAGCAAUUUGUAUUGGUUGGACCUCUCAUGGAACCAGUUGAAGGGUGAGAUUCCUAUGGCUUUGACAAAUUUGAAUUUUCUGGCAGUCUUGAACCUUUCACAAAACCAGUUUGAGGGAAUGAUACCUAAAGGUGGACAGUUUAACACAUUUGAAAACGAUUCCUAUGUUGGAAAUGGAAUGUUGUGUGGAAUCCCUUUAUCAAAAUCCUGCAAAGAGGAUAAAGAAAAGUCAUCAUAUUCAACACUUGAUAAAGAAGAAUCUGGAUUUGGGUGGAAAUCCGUUGUAGUGGGAUAUGCAUGUGGGAUGAUCUUUGGAAUAAUAUUGGGUUGUAAUGUAUUCUUCUUUGGAAAACCCCAAUUACUUGCCAGAGUUGUUGAAAGAGGUUUAAAUGUGAGACUGAUUAGACCAAUUGGCAGAAAGCCUACAAAUUGUUGGAAAAGGAUUUGUUUAACAACUUUUUUUUAA